AUGGCUAGAAUGCCUUUAGAACCUCUUAUAGUGGGGAGAGUCAUAGGAGAGGUUCUUGACUCUUUUACCACUAGCAUAAAAAUGACUGUGAGUUAUAACAAAAAGCAAGUUUACAAUGGCCAUGAGCUUUUCCCUUCAUCUAUCAACACCAAACCCAAGGUUGAGAUUGAUGGUGGUGAUAUGAGGUCCUUUUUCACACUGAUUAUGACAGACCCUGAUGUUCCAGGCCCUAGUGACCCUUAUUUGAGAGAACACUUGCACUGGAUAGUGACAGACAUUCCAGGCACAACAGAUGCUACAUUUGGGAAAGAGUUGGUGAGCUAUGAGAUCCCAAAGCCUAAUAUUGGGAUCCAUAGGUUUGUGUUUGUCCUGUUCAAGCAAAAGCGUAGGCAGUGUGUUACUCCACCUACUUCAAGGGAUCACUUCAACACACGCCAUUUCGCAGCACAAAAUGAACUUGGCCUCCCUGUGGCUGCUGUCUACUUCAAUGCACAGAGGGAAACGGCUGCAAGAAGACGCUAG